CUUUUCUCUCCACUGUGCCAAGACCAUGCCAAAUUUACAGAGCGGCCGCCAUAUCGAACACGCUCACCACCUGUGGGCGAAUGGCUACCUUUGUAUUCGGGUCCCGCUCUGGGGUACAUGCUCUCUGGCUAUUGAUCUGCUGCCUCUAGUACGCAUUACUUGAGCGGCCGAGCUCUGAGGAGCCGUUGAAGGUGUCCUCUAUCCCGUGUGCUUUUGCGGUGGCUAGAAACAAGGACCUCUUCUAUAAAUAACACUGGGGCUUUCAUGUCCCUUGGGCCUUUUGAAGUGAACGCACAGCACGUGACUUGGCCCAAAAGAGUCAGCCAUAGUUAUGGCGCUGGCUCGUCAUAUGGCUUCUUCCGCAUGAAACAGCCAUGUCAAACAACCGUAACGAAGCGUCCUUUUUGUUACCCAUUCGUUAAACACAGACUUAAUGGUUGCCCCGAAGUUUUUUCAAGGUUCAACUUCACGCUUCUGUCAAAUAGAGCCGGGCGUGAUUUUAAAGUAUCCCGUAGAAGUCUGGAAAGAAAGCUGCGCCUACCGAAAACUGACGGAUGAGAUCACCAACAAUUUCUCGGUUGAGCGGCAAAUUCUCGACCUACUAGGAGAGCAUCCAAGAAUCGUGAAAUACCUUGGAUGGCAAGACACUGUGCGAGGGCUGCUCCUUGCCGAGGCCAGCCACGGCAGCCUCCAGUGGUAUCUCGAGGAGAACCACGAUACUAUUCCCACGCCCGUCCGCGGGAAAUGGUGCCGACAAGUUGUUGAAUCGAUCGCAUAUAUUCAUGGUCGGGGCGUAAUACACUCGGAUCUGCGCCCUGACAAUUUCUUGGUUCAUGCCACCACACCAAAGUCCCUGGAUCUCUGGCUUUGCGACUUUGGCGGUUCAACAUGUGAGAAGCUUGGCCUGGACGGCAAACAUCUUCCAGAUCCCGGCUUCUUUGACCCGAAUUCAGAGUGGGUGUCAACACCUGCUACAGACAUAUUCAGUGUUGGAUCUAUCCUUUACACUAUCCUUACCGGACACUGGCCAUACCGAGCCCCUGGACCCUUCAAGACGGUGGAAGAAAUGGAAAGCUAUGACCAGCAGGUCGAGGAUCUUUUUAGACAAGGCACAUUCCCUGAUGUCGAAGGGCUUCUCGGAGGGAAGAUUAUCCUGGGCUGUUGGACGUCGAAGUACACUAGCGCAGACAAUGUCCUGCGCGCUCUGGACUUGGAGUUGAUGAAGACAAACGAGUGUUGAGUUUAAACUACUGACUACAAGAAGUAAAUAGA